GAUGAAAAUAUGGAUAUGUCUGGUGAAUCAGCAACACCUGUCGAUGGAGAUAGGCCUAUGUCUGACGUCGAAGAAACUACAACUUUGGCUGUAACUGAUUAUGAAGAGAAAGCAUUAUUUGAACAGAGAAAAAAAGAAGCCGAAGAACGUCAUUUAUAUUUGUCUACUAAGAUGCUUGAAAUUAGUAUUGUGGAAUUAGAAACUAAAAAGUUCUUUAAAGUAUGCUGGCUUGGGACAACUAUUAAAGAAGAGGAAGUGAUUGAUGUUCGUCUUCCAAAGACUGCUAUAAUUAAUGACAUUUUAGAAGCACUUUUACAAAAACUAUCAUUGUCAGUACCCACUGAUAGAAUCAGGUUGUAUGAGGUUUUACAUUGCAAGAUUCAAAAAGAAUAUGAUUCCAACGAUCCAAUAGAUAAAAUACAAGAACAGUCGACGCUAUACGCAGAGGAAAUACCACAAGAUGAAAUCGAAAAAAGCACUAAUGAUAGAGCUGUUCAAGUAUACCAUUUUACUAAGGAACCGUUACGCUCGCAUGGAAUUCCAUUCAAAUUUGUUAUCAAAGCUGGAGAGCCCUUCUCUGCGACUAAGUUGCGCCUUCAAUCACGCCUAGGGAUGAACGAAAAAGAUUUCUCGAAAGUUAAAGUUGCAAUUGUACAGCCGCUAUCAUAUGCCAAGCCUCAAUAUAUAGAAGAUGAUAAUGAUAUUCUAUCGGAUCAUAAAUGGGCAGAUGAGCUUUUAGGUCUUGACCAUGUAGACAAAACAGGACGUGCGGGGAGAGUUAUCGAAUCAAGUAAUUGUUCAAUUAAACAAUUUUUAUUCGUAUGUUUUUAG